CUGCUGUCUUUAUGGACAUGUUUAGACUGGCAUCACAGAAACACGUUUCUGCCUGGGUAGCGGCAUGGGAUCUGGAGGCAGUUUGAGGAAAACUGUUGCACUGAUUGGAGUCUUUGUGCUUCUGAAGGUGCAAGCUGUUCCAACACCUACUGAUGCAGAUGCUGGUGAACUGAGGGAUGACAUACUUGAGAUCAACAGAGGGUUAAAACACCUGUUUGAGGGAGACAUCGCCGGUCAUCCCAGCAGAAAUGCAAUCCUAGAUCAAACAAGAAGAUGGAAGUUUCCCAUCCCCUAUAUCUUAACUGACUCUUUAGAGUUGAAUGCUAAAGGUGUGAUCCUCCAGGCUUUUGAGGAAUACCGUUUGAGAUCUUGUAUAGACUUCAAGCCCUAUGAGGGAGAAACCAGCUACAUCUCCUUCGUCAAACUGUCUGGAUGCUGGUCAUAUGUUGGAGAUGAUAGAAAAGGCCAGAAUGUGUCCAUUGGUGACAGGUGUGACACUAAGUCCAUUGUGCAGCAUGAGCUUCUUCAUGCUCUGGGCUUUUACCAUGAACAGUCUCGAUCAGACAGAGAUGAUUAUGUCAAAAUCUGGUGGGACCAGAUUGAAGAAGGAAAGGCGCACAAUUUCAAUAAGUAUGAGGAUGACUUCAUCACUGACCUGAACACACCGUAUGAUUAUGAGUCCAUCAUGCACUACAGACCACUGUCCUUCAACAAGAAUGAAAGCAUCCCCACAAUCACCACCACCAUACCAUAUUUUAAUGAAAUCAUUGGCCAGCGGCUGGACUUCAGUGCUAUAGACAUCACUAGGCUGAACCGCAUGUAUGACUGUGCCAACACACACACUCUCCUUGACCAGUGCUCCUUUGAGCUCAUCAACAUCUGUGGUAUGAUCCAGUAUGAGGACGACAACUCGGACUGGGUGCAGACAUUGAGCAGCCAAGCUGAUACAGACCACACCCUGGCGGGGCGCUGCAGAGAUUCCGGAUACUACAUGAAGUUUGACACAUCUUCUGGCGCAGUUGGAAACAGUGCCUUGCUGGAAUCACGUAUCCUCUACCCCAACAGAGAUGAGCAAUGCCUGCAAUUUUUCUAUAAGAUGACUGGAGCAGCUGGGGACAAACUGGUGAUAUGGAUCAAGACUGAUGAUGGGACUGGGACUGUACACAGUCUCAGAAAGAUUCACACCAUUACAGGUGAUGGAGAUGAUGCCUGGAAAAUAGCCCAUGUGACUCUCAAGGUGACAAAGAAGUUCCGUUAUCUCUUCCAAGGCAUCAGAGGAUCAGACAGCUCCUCAGGCGCUAUCUUAAUCGAUGACAUCACUCUUAGUGAAACCACUUGUCCUAGUGCAGUCUGGCAAAUCCACAACUUUACAAACGUUCUCAUCACCUCUCCAGUUGGCAGCUCGAUUAAAAGCAAGUGCUUCUACAACCCAGAGGGCUACUCAUUUGGUAUCAGUAUUUACCCAAACGGAAGAGACAGUGUCUCUUCAGACUAUGUCGGUAUGACCAUGCACCUCUGCAGUGGGGAAAAUGAUGCAGUGAUGGAAUGGCCAGCCAAAAACAGACAGGUGACCAUUGUAGCCAUGGACCAAGAUCCCGAUGUAAAACUGAGGAUGUCUUCUACAAGAAGCUUCACCACAGACACUCAUGCCCGCUGGAACAAACCCACAGCUACUUCAGGAGCAGUGUGGGAUGCAAGCUGCCAGUGCUACCGUAGUCAGGACUUUGGCUGGAGCACAUUCAUUUCUCACAACCAUCUGCACAGGAGGAGCUUCCUCAAGAAUGACGACCUCAUCAUUACUGCUGACUUCAAUGAUUUGACCCACCUGAUCAAGACUGAGGUUCCUAUAAAACUAGCUGCACCAAAUGACGACAUCACGGAUGAGAAGCCAAUCAGUGAGGUGGAAAUAAGACAGGAGGCUCCAAAACACAGAGAAGCACGUUCUGUCAAUCCCUGUAAUCCCAACCCUUGUUUUAAUGGAGGCGUGUGUGUGGAGAGUGAAGGGAAAGCCUCAUGCAGGUGUGUGACGAGCCAGACCACCUACUACACUGGUAAAACCUGUGAGAAAAUGAACAUAGACCGAAGCAUUCUGGGAGUUCUGAUAGGCGGCGCAGUGGGGUUCAUAGUUCUUACACUGGCCAUCUACACCAUCAUCAGGAGAGCUCAGUGAAACACAUUUCAAAGGAAUAAUGUAUCUUCUGCACUGAUGCCAGUAAUGAAAUCACAGGAAAAUUGUUUAAAGCACUAGAAAGAAAAGCAAAUUUACUCAUUGGACUUAUUUACACUAAGUGCAUCCUGGGCCUGAUAUCUGUGUAUCUCUGGUGCAUCCUCACAUGGAAAAAAAAAAAAUGCAGUUUUGUUCCUUAAA